CCUUCCCGCACCGAAUCCCCGCCCCCCUUCUCUCUCUCUGACAGAACUGAAACUCAAGACAAGCUUCCGAUGAUCGCUCCGCCGCGUUCCGCCGUCCCCCUCCUCCUCUCGCUCCUCGCCCUCGCCGCCUCCGCCCAUGGCGCCGACCCUCUCUACCACUUCUGCGGGACCAACGGCAACUUCACCGCCAACGGCACCUACGGGGACAACCUCAACGCCCUCCUCACCUCCGUCGUCGCCGCCGCAGCCGCCGCCGCCGACUACGGCUUCUACAACCUCUCCGCCGGCGGCGGGAGCCCCGACGCCGUCAACGCCAUCGCCCUCUGCCGGGGCGACGUCGGGCCCGCCGACUGCCGGAGCUGCCUGAACGACUCCGCCCCCGAGAUCGCCCGCCGGUGCCCGGUGCAGAAGGAGGCGAUCAUCUGGUACGACAAUUGCAUGCUCCGGUACUCGAACCGCUCCAUUUUUCGGACCAAGGAGGACUCGCCCGCCUUCUACAUGCGGAACGGCAACAACGUCACCAACAACGUCGAUCAGUUCAAUCAGGUUUUGAGGAAUCUGACGGAUGGUUUGAGAGACCGAGCUGCAAGUGGCAAUUCGACAAGGAAGUUUGCUGUUGGAAACGCAACAGCUCCAAACUUCCAGAUUCUGUUUGGACUUGUGCAGUGCACUCCAGACUUGUCACAGUCACAAUGCGACGAUUGUUUGGUGAGCGCUAUUGGACAAAUUCCUCAGUGUUGUAAUCAGAAAAUAGGAGGAAGGGUUGUUAGUCCCAGUUGCAAUAUCAGGUUUGAAGUAUACCCUUUUUUUGAUUCUUCGGCUUAUGAGUCGCCACCAUCACCACCGCAAUCGCCAGUAUCUCCUCCACCUCCUCCAACGAAUAACCCAUCCCCUAAUGGAAAGGAUACUUACUUUGGUCGUAUUGCCCUCAUUAUCACAAUCCCAGCUGUUGGAUUAUCUCUUUUAAUUGCUGGAAUAUUGUGCAUCUGUUUGAGGUCAAGAAGAUUAAAGAAAACUUUCGAAACUGUACCUGUAGAUGAAAUCACAAAUGCAGAAUCCCUGCAGUUCGACUUGAAUACCAUCAGAGAGGCAACAAAUGACUUCUCUGACGCAAAUAAAUUGGGACAAGGUGGAUUUGGCGUUGUUUACAAGGGAACAUUGGCCAAUGGACAAAUUAUAGCAGUAAAAAGGCUGUCUGUAGAUUUGGGACAAGGUGAUCGAGAAUUCAAGAAUGAAGUCCUCUUGGUCGCAAGGCUUCAACACCGGAAUUUGGUUAGGCUCUUAGGAUUUUGCCUGGAGGGGAGAGAAAGGCUUCUUAUCUAUGAAUUCGUACCAAACUCGAGCCUGGACCACUUUAUAUUUGAUCCUGUUAGGCGUAGGCGGCUGGAUUGGGAGAGGCGUCAAAAGAUAAUAGGAGGCAUUGCUCGUGGGCUUCUUUAUCUUCAUGAGGAUUCUCAACUUCGAAUUAUUCAUCGGGAUCUCAAACCAAGCAAUAUUUUGCUAGACGCAGAGAUGAACCCUAAAAUUUCAGAUUUUGGUACAGCAAGGCUAUUUGCGGUGGAUCAAACUCAAGACGCCACAAGCAGGGUUGUUGGCACUUAUGGGUACAUGGCUCCAGAGUACGCAAUGCAUGGAUUGUUCUCAGUCAAGUCAGAUGUCUUUAGUUUUGGGGUGUUGCUACUAGAGAUUAUUAGUGGUAAAAAAAGUAGCCGCUUCUGCAAUGGGGAUACCACGGAGGACCUUCUUAGCUAUGCAUGGAGGAGUUGGAGGGAAGGGACCCCCUCAGAUCUCAUAGAUCCUAAUUUGGCCGAUGGUUCGAGGAUUGAAAUAUUGAGGUGCAUUCAUGUCGGAUUGCUGUGUGUUCAAGAAAUUGAGGCCGACAGACCCACCAUGGGUGCGGUGGUUCUGAUGCUCAGUAGUUACUCCACCACCUUGCCACUACCAUCACGACCUGCAUUCAUUUUGCCCAGUAUCCCUGAAUCUGACACAGCUUCGCAGGUGAUGGUAACUCAUUCAAAUCGAUCCAAAGACAGAGAAAUCCAAGAAUCAGUGAAUGAGGCUUCCAUCACCGAGCUAUAUCCUCGAUGAUCAUAGAUUGGAGUCUAUAUUUGUGCACGUCUUCUGUUCCACUGCGGAUGGAACGAUGGAACGACGAGGCAAUGUGCAACAUCAGUACAUCAUUUGAUAUUUGCAUUAUUUCAUGUGUUGACUGGAAUCUGGGAUGAUUAUAUGCUGCUAUGGUCUUAAAAAUGGGUGAAGUCUGUCGCUUAUAUUACUGGCUAUAGACGGAAUUUACUCUGAAAAAGUUACUUCAAUUGCAUAUUAUAUUAAUGGAAAAGAUAUUUGAAAGUUA